CUGGGGGUCGUUACCGGGGACAUCGUGCAGGCUCGGAACAUAGGCCGGGACAUCCAGGCUGGUCUGCGUAGCGUGGUCGGCGGGAAGGUGGGCGUCUACUCCGAGAUGCUGGCCGAGGCCCGGGCCGAGGCUACGCGGCUGAUGAUCGACGAAGCCGGUGGACUGAACGCCGACGCCGUGGUGAACGUGCGCUACACCACCAGCGCCAUCAGCCAGGGCAUGUCGGCAGGGCAAUCGCGUCUUAUUACUCAGCACACAAGAUUGGUCUGA